AUGCUGAAGGCCGACAUUCACGUCAGUAUCCAUCAGACAGAUCCUACAUUGAUGGAGCGCGGUAUCUAUGGUCUAGGCGGCUUUCUGAAAGUCUCCAAGGAGCUGCGCGUGUUGUGGAGCCCGCCCUACCUGUCGCGUCUCUGGUGUGUCUUUGAGCUCGCUGCAUACAAGAUGGCAAAUCCCACAGGAAAGAUCAACUUACAUCCGCUCUUCAUCGAGACGGUGAGUUGCUGGCUCUUCCAGGCCAAUUGUGUUGGUGCCGCUGUCUUCCAUGCGGUCCGAUUGAGGAAGAUGGGUGCCAACAUGGAGUAUGCGGGAUACUGCCUCGGUAUGCUGGCCAGCUUAAAAGCCUGGCAUCGCCUUCGAAAGGAGAGCUUGAACAAGCACAAGCUCCUGUCUGACCUGGAGAACUUCGACGUGGAACACGCCGAUUGCCGAAGCGAGUUUGACAGGGACUUCAUCCAUGCCGGCAUCGUUCAAUGGUACGGCAGCAAGGAAGCCUUUACGUGCUACGUGCGGGGGCCCUUGAAAGAAAAGUUCAUCGGCACGGCUGAAUUCUGUGUUCACCUUCCUUUCUUCUACAUUCUGCUGAUUGCCACGCCAUCGGUUAGCGUCGGACUCGAGGGGUUCGUCGCCGCGCUUAAGGCCGGCGCGCCCUUCGAAUCACUUGUGUCCCAUCUCCUUGGGAAGGUCAUUGGAGUGAAUUUCUUCUGGCAACUGAUGAGUCUCAAGUUCGGCAUGUUCCUGUGCGACCGUUACGCCGAACCACGCUGGGGAGAGGGAUUCUGGAACGGCUUUCAGACCUUCCUCAUCUGCGUUGGGUACUUCUUGUGCUACCUCGUCGGCGCAGUGAUCGGGAACCAGGCCACAAGCGGUCACGUCGGUUUGGCCUUUGCCUGGAUGUUCGCGUCCAUGCUGCCCGUCGUGUGCACCUGGCGCAUGUUCAAGUACUACGAGCAGAAGACUCAAGCAGAGUGCGCCACGAAGUGUGACUGGAACUUCAAGGACUUCAAAGAGUUUGGGAGCAGACUCAGCGUCUUUCGCGGAGAAGACUCAUUCUCCUCAAACAAGAUCGUCUGA